AUGGAUGCAGCCAAUGGCCCCAGCAGUAAUACUACCCAGCUAUCUAAGACAGCAGCUACAGAUCCAUCGUCUGAGCAGAAGAAGCGGGACCCAGAGGACUGGAGGAGGAGGGUAGUUGCGUCGCUGGGCCGAGCAGAGCUGGUAUUUGGCGACGCGCGCAGGUUCUUCCGCUUCCUGCAGUUCCUGGAGAUGGCGGACCUGUACCGCAACGUCCGAGAGCCGCUACGCUCUGUGCGUGUAUUGCGGCGACUGCGCAUCUUGUGCUUCUUCUUCUUCUACCUGACAGAGAACUACGUAGUGCUCAAGACGCGCGUGCUGGGCGUGUCACCGCGAGAUCCGUUCAUGCGGAGGCUGAGGCGGGGCUGCAACGGCUUCUGGCUGAUGAGCAUUCUGCUGGCGUUCCCCCUGGACCGCAUGAUGCAGCGCGGCAGUACGCUGUCGACGAUCAAGAAGCUGCUGGAUCUGCCUGUGGCAUCUGUGGGGCUCUCGGGACUGCGCGUGAGUGACGGACUGUUCGGCGCGUUGGGGCUAGCGUCUGCCCAAAUCGGCGUCUACACUCGCUGGGUCGACGUGAUGGCCAAGUUCCGGCAGCAGCAGCGGCUUGGAGCGACACCAGAUAUCGCUUAG